UCGUAGGACGCCAAGUCGUCGCUCUGCAGAUCUCUAAGUCGCCCAUCCCCGCAUUCUGGACGAGCAGUCUCUCUCUCUGAGUAUUGACAACCUGAAAUUUAGAAGAACAGAGACUUGGAAGAGCAUUCGACGCGGUGUUAUCAACCGCAGUCAUAGCCAUGUGCUCACUGCGACAAGCUGCUUUCUUCCUGCUAUUUGCUAUAGAACCAGCUUGGGGAGCAUCCAGUGGCCCUGCAAGCAAGGCGGAGAUAGACGUGCUGCGCUAUGUGAACCCUUUGAUCGGAAGUGACAAUGGUGGCAACGUCUUCGCAGGCGCAAGCCUGCCUUAUGGCAUGGCGAAACCUGUAGCCGAUGUCAAUGGUCAGAAUACAGGAGGCUUCUCGACCGAUAAAAGCAACAUAACUGGGUUUUCCCAUAUGCAUGAUUCAGGCACGGGUGGUAAUCCAUCGUUGGGAAAUUUCCCUUUAUUCCCGCAGUAUUGUCCUGAAGACGAGAUCGACAAUUGCAAGUUUCCCAAGGCCGAUCGCGCCCUGCCUUAUAUCGCAAAUUCCGUUGUUGCCCGACCUGGUUAUUUCGCCUUGAGUUUACAGAAUGGCAUCCAGGCUGAAAUGACGGCCACGGAACAUGCAGCGCUGUAUAGAUUUCACUUUCCGGCGGAGACAACCAGCAAUGGUUCCGUGCUGAGUCCUUUGAUGCUGCUCGAUUUGACCGAUGAGUGGGACAGUCGGCAGAAUGCUUCAAUUGGUAUUGAUCAUACGACAGGUAGGAUCACGGGAAAUGGAACUUUUCUUCCCAGUUUCGGUGCCGGCUCAUACGUCUCAUACUUCUGUGUCGAUUUUGCUGGCGCGGCUGUCCAUGACAGUGGAAUUUGGGUCAACAACAGAGCAGGAACCGAGCCAAAGAAGCUAUAUGUUACGCGCGGCUUUAACAAUUUCUAUAUCCAGGCGGGUGGCUUCGUCAGGUUCCAACGACCUAGUGACGGCGUAGUGAAUGCAAGAGUGGGAGUGAGCUUCAUCAGCACCGACAAAGCUUGUCAAAAUGCGCAACGGGAGAUCCCUAAUCCUGUAGGAGACUUCGACUCCCUGCGGGAACGUGCUGAAGCAGCAUGGAGAGAAAAGCUCAGUCCAAUCUCAGUAGAGGCGGGAGGAGCGAGCGACGCUCUUUUAACAAGUUUCUGGAGUGGCAUUUAUAGAACGAUGCUUUCACCCCAGGAUUACACCGGGGAGAAUCCUCUCUGGGAGAGCGGGGAGCCUUAUUUCGAUUCAUUCUACUGUAUCUGGGACUCUUUCCGGGCCCAGCAUCCACUCUUGACCAUUAUAGAUCCCAGCGCGCAAUCCAGCAUGAUACGUAGUCUUCUCGACACCUAUGUCCACGAGGGAUGGCUCCCAGAUUGCCGGAUGAGUCUCUGUAAAGGAUGGACGCAGGGUGGCUCCAAUGCGGAUGUACUCCUCGCAGAUGCCUAUAUCAAGAACCUUACCGGGAUCGAUUGGAAUCUUGCCUACAAAGCGAUGGUCAACGACGCUGAAAACGAGCCACUGGAGUGGUCCUACGAGGGGCGAGGAGGUCUUAUGAGCUGGAAACGACUAAAGUAUAUCCCGUACCUUGAUUUCGACUACCUAGGAUUCGGAACCAAUUCGAGGAGCAUUUCUCGAACCUUGGAAUAUUCCUAUAAUGACUUCAGCCUGUCAACAGUAGGCAGGGGUAUAGGGAAAGAAUAUACGAAGUAUCUUUCGAGAGCAUCUAAUUGGAAGAACCUCUUCAAAGCAGAUCAGGAGUCAUUCAUCAACGGUACAGAUACUGGAUUCGCCGGCUUCUUCCAACCGAAGUUCCUCAAUGGCACAUGGGGAUAUCAAGAUCCUAUUGCCUGCAGUCCCCUUACAGACUUCUGCUCCUUGACCUCUAAUCCCUCAGAGACGUUCGAAUCAAGCAUCUGGGAGUACCAGUUUUACGUUCCUCACGACAUGGCAAGCUUAAUCAAACUACUCGGAGGCCCCGAUGAGUUUGUCUCGCGUCUCGACUUCUUCCACACCUCAGGUCUCGCCGACAUUGGUAACGAGCCAGUCUUCCUCACCGUCUUCCAAUAUCAUUACGCAGGCCGACCAGCACUCUCUGCGCGUCGCUCCCACAGUUACAUACCCGCAUCAUUCAACGCCUCGAAUGAUGGCCUUCCAGGAAACGACGACUCGGGAGCCAUGGGAGCCUUCACCGUUUUCUCAAUGGCAGGUCUUUUCCCUAACCCAGGACAAAAUGUAUACUUAAUCACCCCGCCAUUCUUUGAAUCCGUGAGCUUUACACAUCCCGAGACUAAUCAAACUGCUACGAUCCGGAAUGUCAAUUUCGAUAAGACAUACCAGAGUAUCUAUAUACAGAACGCUACCCUCAAUGGCCGACCGUAUUCGAAGAAUUGGAUCGGGCAUGAAUUCUUCACGGAAGGAAUGACGUUGGAGUUGACUCUUGGAAAUGAAGAGAGUAGCUGGGGUACAAGGCCGGAAGAUCUGCCGCCGAGUCUGUCGACUGUUGGAACGCAACUUCUAGAAGAUUUUUCGUUCUAGAUGAUCUAGUUACGGCCGACGGGGUGGGUGUAUGGAACGGUCUACCAUGUGUAUAUAGCAGAGAAUGCUUGGCAAAUACUAAGUCGCG